GCAAGUUUCCAGCAGUUUCAGUCAAGCUUUCGAGUGGGGUGGACGUCUCGUCUCGUGUUUACAAAAUUUCGUGCAUUCGACCCACAGCGUUUCCAAUGAAACGUUUAGAAAAAUUCCACCGAUCGAUUCUGUCUACGGGAACCUCGAUAAAAAAGGAACUCAGAAAAUUAGAUCACCGAACACUCGAUUCGGCCACUCCCCUUCGAGGAAAGUUGUCAAAGGAAAUUUUUAUGAACGUUCGGAAGGUUGAUUGACUCUCGUAAAAAAAAAAACUAACAAAGAAGGCCUCGCCCGAUAAAACGAGGGAUAUUUAUUAUUGGAAAGGAUGGCAUCGUCGUUACUGAGAAAAGCGAACGAACACGUGAUCGGACGAAUCGUACGUUUCUCGAUGACCAGAGGAUAACAAACUCGCAAAAGGAUAGUGGGAGGAAGGAAACGAGAAUGUUGUGGAGGGAGUUGACAGUUUCUUAAUAAUCGAGCUUUAAAGCGCCUCAGUCGUCGCCGCGAUAAAAGCAUUAGUCGGGCCACGUGCCGCGCAUUUGUCAAAUUGACUUGACCACUCACGUUCCAACUAUUCGAGGUAACGGAACAACCAAGAAAUGUUAAUUGCAUUUAUCGAAAGCUCAGAUACAAGAACGUUAGAAUUCCACAUAUAGAAGCAAAUUUAUACUCGUUAUUUAUAUUCAUCGUAAGUUAAAGUAAAUUAAAGCGAAGUAACAGCCUUGUCGAUACAAGACUCAGUAUUAGUGGGAUUUUGGAAUCGUUUACGCUCGAGGGUCGUUAGAUGUUGAUCUCCAAACACUUAAACAUCUCCGUGGGCCGUAAUAAAUAUUUUGAAACACGCGCACCAACGCGGAGGAAACGAAUCGACGAUUAUUCGCUUAAAGUUGUUUUGAUAUGAAAGCGAAACGUCUGUGAUGAUUGAAAAAGAGGAUACGUAAACGUAACGUAACACGGUUGGAUCGAAGAUAUAAAGUUGGAUGCGACGUUCGGCGGAGAAAAGGGCGACUGUGAUUUUUGUUUACGCUUUUGCAUUUUAAAAUGAAAGAUACCAUUAACGGCAACGAUGAGUUUUGGGUAUUCGGAUACGGAUCCUUGUGCUGGCACCCAGGAUUCGAGUACAGAAAGAGCAUGGUAGGACACGUGAAGGGAUUCUCGAGGCGAUUUUGGCAGGGCAACACCACUCAUCGCGGCACAAUCGAAAAACCCGGACGCGUGGCCACGUUGGUGGAAGAAAAAGAGGGUAUCGUUCACGGACGGGCGUUUCAAGUUCACAGUAACGCGGCACUGCCAUAUUUAAAAAACCGCGAGUGCAAACUUGGGGGGUACAUCACCACGUCGUCAACGUUCUACAGCCGUGACGGGUACAAGAAAAUAUCCGUAAUCAUCUUCAUCGCCACCUGUAGAAACGAACACUGGCUGGGGGAGGCGCCGCUAAACAGCAUUGCCGCCCAAAUUUUCGAGUGCUCGGGUCCAAGUGGACACAACGUCGAGUAUCUUUUACGAUUAGCGGAAUUUAUGCAUCGUUAUUUACCAGAGGCUCACGACGAACAUCUGUUUACUUUGGAGUUGCUGGUGCGCUCGCGGAUAAAGGAGGAAAAUAUGUGUGUGAGGUUGCUGAUGGGUGACCGAGAUUUCAACAUAGACCUCGAUGACGAUGAGUUUGACGUAAGCGACGAGGACUUUGAUGACGACAAUGAUGCCAACGAUCCCAGAGAGAACACGUUCCAGUUCAACUUACGAGUACCUGACAAGACUUUACGCUGCCUUAAAAUAUAACGCGGGCACGUUUCGUUAAUACUUAUCGAAUACUUAGAUAUAAGGUAGAAACAAUUGCGCAAAGUUUAACGAGAUAAUGGCAGCAUACAGUCGAUGGAAAAGAAUAUAGGAAAUAUUUUGUAUUAUCUUUCGUUGAUAUUUAUGUCGAAGAGUGUUUAUUGCCUGAAAACAACGAACUGACUAGUAGGAAGAGAAAACUUGGUUUUCAGACGUGUUAUCUAUCGUAAAGAUUAUGUUUUAAGAAUAGAGAAACAUUUCGGCAGCUAAGUGUUGACUGAAUUAAAUAUAUCGUUACACGUGCCGCUUUUAUUUUCGGACGUGCUGGAUACUGCUCGUGGUGGCGAUCGACUAAAGCAGAAUCGUGCCUUAAUAUUAAUUUAUGGAAAGUAAUAGCACAAACGGUCGUUCCUACUAUUAUUUUCUUUUCUUUUUAGCUAUAAGGUGACGUAGGAUAUAAAAUUUUAUACAUCGACCCGCGAGAAAUCAAUGUAUGAAAGCGAAGCUGUAUGAAUACGAUGCCGUGUACGUGACUGUAUUAAACCAAUUUUAUCGAAUUUCAAGUAUUUGCAAUUCCAAAAAAUAUUGAUACAUGUAACCAUAUAUUGUUGUUAGCACCAUGGUUUCAGAUGGACCACAAAUUAAAUACUUUCUUUGUUAUAAA